GUGACUCGUUCCUUGACCUUCGUUCCUGUCGAGCAAAGCUUUUCUUCCAAAAUAUUUCAUUUUAAGGGAUUUUUUUACAAGAUAUAUAAAAAUGCCUGGAAAAAGAGUGUAUGUCAUUGGUGUAGGAAUGACUAAGUUUGAAAAGCCAGGAAGAAGAGAGGAUUUCGAUUACCCAGACAUGGCUAAAGAAGCAGGUAUUAAGGCCCUGAAGGAUUCUGGUAUAGAUUAUAGUCAAAUCCAGCAAGCCGUUGUUGGAUAUUGCUAUGGUGAGACAACAUGUGGUCAAAGGGCUUUGUACCAGCUUGGUUUGACAGGGAUCCCCAUUUAUAAUGUCAAUAAUGCUUGUGCAACUGGAUCAAGUGCACUCUUUCUGGCUAAACAGUUUGUCGAGGGAGGUGCCAGUGAUUGUGUUCUAGCUCUUGGGUUUGAAAAGAUGGAACGAGGUUCUCUUGGUGCUAAGUACACUGAUCGUACUUCACCUAUGGACAAACACAUGGAGGUGAUGAUGAAUCGUUAUGAGUUUGCAGCUGCUCCUGUUACACCGCAGAUGUUUGGUAAUGCUGGUAAAGAACACAUGGAGAAAUAUGGAACAUCUCCUGAACAUUUUGCAAAAAUAGCGUACAAGAACCAUCUACAUUCUGUCAACAAUCCGAAUUCCCAGUUCCAGAAAGAAUAUUCUCUAAACGAGAUCAAGAACUCUCCCAUGGUGUAUGACCCACUUACAAGACUACAAUGCUGUCCUACGUCAGAUGGUAGCGCUGCUGCUGUUCUAGCCAGUGAAGAUUUUGUCAAGAAGCAUCAUCUAGAAGACAAGGCAGUGGAAAUCGUUGGCAUGGAGAUGGCUACUGAUUUUAGGAGUACCUUUGAGGACAAUAGCUGCAUCAAAAUGGUUGGUUAUGACAUGACCAAAGCCGCUGCUGAGAGACUCUUCUCUAAAGCAGGCUUGGCUGUGAAAGAUGUUGAUGUUGUGGAACUCCACGACUGUUUCUCCACAAAUGAGCUUCUAACAUACGAGGCACUUGGUCUCUGUGACGAAGGCAAAGCAGGCGAGUUUAUUGACCGUGGGGACAAUACCUAUGGAGGAAAAUAUGUUAUUAAUCCAAGUGGCGGGCUUAUAUCGAAAGGGCAUCCUCUUGGUGCAACAGGCCUGGCUCAAUGUACCGAGAUAUGUCUUCAGCUCCGCGGUGAAUGUGGCAAACGUCAAGUACCAGGAGCAAGACUUGGACUACAGCAUAACCUGGGUUUGGGAGGCGCUGUUAUUGUUGCUUUAUAUCGACUUGGAUUCCCCCAGAGGAGGUUUCGUCCAGUGUCUGUCCACACGUCUGCCUCCUCUUCCAAAGGCUUCAAGGCCAAAGCCGUUUUUGAUGAAAUCCAGAAAGAAAUGGAAAAGGACGGAGAAAAUUACGUGAAGAAGGUCAAAGGAGUGUUUUGUUUCAAGAUCCAGAAGGGACCUAAUGGUCAAGAGGGCGUGUGGAUAGUGGAUGCUAAGAAUGGAAAAGGGGCUGUCAAAUUUGGUGCCAAUGAUAAAGCCGAUGUUACCAUAACAAUAAGCGAUGAUAACUUCUUGAAGCUAAUGACAGGCAAAUUAAACCCACAAACGGCGUUUUUUAAGGGUCACCUGAAGCUGAAAGGCAACAUGGGCCUUGCUAUGAAGAUGAGGCAGUUCCAACCGAAGGCCGUCAAGUCGAAGUUAUGAAUCCUGAACCAACAGUAUCCUAUCCAAUACUACCACUAUUAUCGCUAUAUUUGUACAAUGUAAACAACUUUAUCACCAAAAUACAAAACAAGGAGAGUUGACAAUUUAA